UUCGGGAAGGGGGGUGUUCAUUGCCAGGAAGGGCAGAUGAGUGCGUCCUCCCCGAAGUACUACAACGAAAAGCAAUUGUUUGUGGGAAAAGCUACUAGUUUCCGUUUGAAUUUCCUUAGUCAGCGUUAAUAUUGACAACUACACGACAGCUAGUCAAUCCAAAAGGAGUUAAGCGCUAAAAACAUCCGCAAGCCUGACAUCAAUGGCAGAUGUUUAAAGGAAACGGACAUAUAAGUUGCCGUCUGGUGGCUAGCCUGCUAGCAUCUGGAUGCCAACUCUCGGCAUGAUGGAGCAGCUGAGCCGGCAACUGUGUGGGAAGAUGAAGAGGUCUGGCAAGAGGACCCCGAUCCCUUCCUCGCCCGCCUCUCCCUCUCCGAAGGGCUUGGAGGUGCACUUCUACCUGGCGGACACCAACCAGCUGGAGUACUUCAGAGACUGCCACACCACGGAAGACAUUUGCGUGGAGUCAGCCAAGAGAUGCUCGAUCUCUCCUCUGUGCCACAACCUGUUUUCCCUGUAUGAUGAAACAAACGACCUGUGGUACCCCCCAAACCACGAGUUCAAGAUCACGGAAGAGACCAGCCUCACGGUCCACUACCGAAUGAGGUUUUACUUCAAGAACUGGCAUGGCACCAAUGAGGGCCAGCCUCAAGUCUGGAGACACUGCAUCAGCAAGCUUCGAGGAGGUUCCCAGAACAUACCGGAAGGAACGCCUCUGUUGGACGCUGCCUCUCUCGAGUACUUGUUUGCCCAGGGCCAGCAUGACUUCCAAAAGGGGCUUGCCCCGCUGAGGUCUCCCCAGUCUGAGGUUGACCAGCAUGAGAUGGAGAACGAAUGUCUGGGCAUGGCAGUGCUGGCCAUCACACACGACUCCAUGAACCGGGACAUUCCGCUGACAACCACCAACACCAAUGAAAUCAGUUACAAGCGCUUCAUCCCCGAGUCGCUGAACCGCAACAUCAAGCAACGCAAUUUGCUGACGCGCAUGCGCAUCAGCAGCGUCUUCAAGAAGUUCCUCCAGGAGUUCAAGCAGCGUACGGUGCAGGACAGCAACAUCUCACUGUAUGACCUGAAGCUCAAGUACCUGGCGACGCUGGAGAGCCUGACCUGGGACCUCGGCAGUGAGGUGCUGGAGCCCGUCUCCUUGUCCAUCAGCCCCGACCGAGACCUCUGCAACGGGGGGUACCAUGGUUACUACAACCAGAGUCAAGGACAGAGCAAGGAUCCCAGCCCUGAGAGUAGCAAUGACAUGCAAGUCCAGGUCACUGGUACCACUGGUAUCUCCUGGAGGAAGAAGCCGUCCAACGACGCAGUGAUACCAAAGGAAAAGAAUAAGGCCAAGAAGAAGUUUGAUGACAAAUACAAGAAGGAGAAGGAGAAAGCGGAGAGCUGGGUGGUCUUCUGUGAUUUUCAUGAGAUCACACACAUCGUCAUCAAAGAUGCCACCGUCACCAUCUAUCGUCAGGACAACAAGAGGAUGGAACUGCAGCUGGCAUCCAGGGCCCGGGCCAGAGCUUUGUCCUUCGUGGCUCUGGUGGAUGGAUAUUUCCGUCUGACGGUGGAUGCUCACCACUACCUAUGCAAGGACGUGGCCCCCUCCUCAGUGGCUCGCAACACCGAUGACGGCUGUCAUGGCCCCAUUUGUACGGACUAUGCAGUCCACAAGCUGCGGCAAGAGGGCAACCAGGAGGGCACCUACAUCCUACGCUGGAGCUGCACCGAGUAUCAAUUCAUCAUUAUCACUGUGGUCUGCCGCGAGUUGGACCUGAGGGAGUCCCGUAUGGUGACCCAGUACAAGAACUUCCAGGUAGAGGUGAGCCCCAGUGGGUUCUGCCUGUAUGGCACAGAGACCAUCCGGCCCACCCUACGUGAGCUUCUGGACCAUCUGGCCGGUCAGAGCCUCCGCGCGGACAACAUCGAAUUCCAACUGAUCCGCUGCUGCCCACCCCAGCCAAGAGAGGUGUCCAACUUGCUGGUGGUGACUAAGAAACAAGCCCAGCUCUUCAAGGAUGACUGCCAGGUCAGCUUCAUUCGCAUCCUCCCGGAAGACAUAGAACAGGAGGAGCACCUAGGCCGGGGGACAAGGACCAACAUCCUCCUGGGCACCCUCCGGGUCCGAGGCGAGGAGGACGAUGAGGACGCCGGCUUGUCCUCCUACCAGGAGGUCAAGGUGGUCCUCAAGGUGCUGGGCUCCAUCCACAGAGACAUCUCCCUGGCCUUCUUUGAGACGGCCAGCAUGAUGCGACAGGUGUCCCACAAACACAUAGUGCUGCUUCAUGGAAUGUGUGGCCGCAACUUGGAGAAUAUAAUGGUGGAAGAGUAUUUCCAGCUGGGUCCUCUUGAUCAGUUCAUGAUGAGGCAGCAAGUCCCACUCAGCACAUUGUGGAAGUUCCAGGUGGCCACGCAGCUGGCCUCAGCCCUCAGCUACCUGGAGGACAAGAAGCUGGUCCAUGGCUUCGUGUGCACCAAGAACAUUUUGCUGGCCAGAGACGGCCUGGAUGUCAGCGAGGGAGGACCUUUCAUCAAGCUCAGUGAUCCGGGCAUACCCAUCACUGUGCUCACCAGAGAGGAGUGUGUGGGCCGCAUCCCGUGGAUCGCACCAGAGUGCAUCAAGACGGUGAACAACCUGAGCGUGGCGGCUGAUAAGUGGGGCUUCGGGACCACCCUGUGGGAGAUCUGCUACAACGGAGAAGUGCCCCUCAAGGACAAGAUGCUCACGGAGAAGGAGCAGUUCUACAGCGCAGAGUGCCAGCUGGCCACCCCGGACUGCGAGGAGCUUGCUCAACUGAUGACCCACUGCAUGAACUAUGACCCCAAGAUGAGACCAUUCUUCAGGGCCAUCGUCAGAGACAUGGACAUGCUGGUGGAACAGAACCCGUCCAUCAAGCCGGUACCCACGCAGGAAGUGGAUCCAACACGCUUUGAGAAGAGGUUCCUCCGGAAGAUCAGAGACCUUGGAGAGGGUCACUUCGGCAGGGUGGAGCUGUGCCGCUAUGAUCCCCGCGGAGACCGGACCGGGGAGAUGGUGGCCGUCAAGUCCCUGAAGCCCGAGAACCGAGAGGAGCAGAACAACAACCUGUGGAAGGAGAUCGGGAUCCUGAAGGAGCUCUAUCACGAGAACAUCGUCAAGUACAAGGGCAUCUGCCAGGAGGAGGGAAGCCCGGCAAUCAAGCUUAUCAUGGAGUACCUUCCUGAAGGCAGUCUGAAGGACUACCUGCCCCGACAUCGGAACAAGACCAUCAAUGACCUGAUUAGCUACGCCGUGCAGAUCUGCAAGGGGAUGGAGUACCUGGGCCGGCAGAACUACAUCCACCGGGAUCUUGCGGCGCGUAACGUGCUGGUGGAGAAUGAGUCGACGGUGAAGAUCGGAGACUUCGGCCUCACAAAGAGCAUCAAGGAGAACAAGACAUACUACAAGGUCAAUGACGACCACGACAGCCCCGUCUUCUGGUAUGCCCCAGAGUGUCUGCUCCAGCGUAAGUUCUUCCUGGCGUCUGACGUGUGGUCCUUCGGCAUGACCCUGUACGAGCUCAUCACGUAUUGCGACACCCACUCCAGUCCCAUGGCGCUGUUCCUCAAAAUGAUGGGCAAGACUCAUGGUCAGAUGACCGUCACCCGAUUGGUGACCAUUCUGGACGAAGGGAAGAGGUUGCCACGACCAGAACCUUGCCCAGAGGAGGUGUACAACCUGAUGCGCAAGUGCUGGGAGCAUGCCCCAGAUAUGAGGAUCACCUUCCAGCAGCUGAUCGAGGACCUGUCCCGCAUGCUGCAGAAGCCCUGAGCCCAGAGCUCUUUCGCCAGCUCGGUCCUUCAAUAGUACCACACCCCCACGCCCCCUCUUUCCUUGUCCACAGGUGUAACCGAGUUUGCGCUGGAUAGACGACACACGCACACUCACUCACUCACUCACACAGUACAACUCAGGAGUCUGGGUUCCAAGGACUACAUGUACACAGAUGUCCUCUGCUUCUGUUAUGUCCUCCAAACUCACUUGCAGCCCUUCUACACAUGCACUGUAAACCGGACAUUCUCCAGAUUAUACCCGGAGGGGCUAUAUGUGUGACAGCAAAUGCCAGAACCCGCCCCUCCGGAGUUAAUCCGGCCAGGCCCCCAGUAUGAUGUCCGGAGAAUUCACAACGAGCGAGUGGGCGUGUUGAUGUUUCUAUCAUGCGACUGGCGCGAAACCGGGAGCACGGAGUAUAUCUGCUUCAUACUUUUCUCUUCUCGCAAUUCCCGCUUCCCACCCUUCUGUUGAUAUUGUGGAUGCGUCUAAAUAAAGGUAGUAUUUACAUCGCCACAAAAAGGGUCAGCAUUCGAUGUCUUAGCAGCCCCACCCGCCAUCUUCGAUGUGUUUUAAACAAAGCACUGUGACUUCCGCUGCAUAUUUUUUGCGUCACGUCCGGCCUCCUACACGCUCCAACAAGGCACCACUCCUCUCCCAAGGUAUACAGAGUAGCUCCAAUAUGUGUGAACACGUCUGAUGCGGCUCCUCUCUGGCUGUGUGGUGCAUCUGUGAAAGGGCACCUCCGGAUCAUGUCCUGACCCGAUUCCCCAGAGAUGAUCCGGGGAUCAUAUGCGAAAUGCCUAUUACGCUUACUUUGGUAGCACUAUUUUAUCACGCGAAUAAUGUUUUUAUUUUAAUGAAAUGUACGCCAAAUGCAUUGAAACUGUAUUCCGCUGUAAGAAAUACCACUGUGGAAAAACAAAUAGGGCAAUUCCCAGAUCAUUACCUGCAUUAAGCUUCUAUUUUUAUUUUUUAAGUACAAAGAAGGACCCACUUUUUAUUUACCUACAAAGGCCCUCUGAGAGAUCUCUCUCCCUCUAUUUCUUUCAAAUCCUUAAAAAUGUUCCCUCAUUUAUCUGUACCACUAUGAUUCAGUUUUUGCCUACUUGAUAAGGUUAUUUUGCUUGUUAUAUUUUUUCUCAUGGGACAUGACUACCGGUAUAUCCGCUGUAAUUUGUCCUCAUGGCCCUGAGACCCAACAUGAUCUAUAUCUAUCAUGUAGUAUGGCUAUAUCUGGGGGGAAAUUCCGUGAAUAAAAGUUUAGGUUUCUGAGAGGGCCUGUGACCUGACCGCUGCCCCACAGUGACUGAGCAGGAGGAUGGCUUCUUCCCACCAUGGAGGUCUGCAGCCAGUUUCUGCUGUCUCCUGCUGCUCUGGGGCCACCGUGUGGCAAAGGAUCCAUUCAAACAAAGGACUCAACUUCUUACCAUCAAUUUUUGCACUAGAAUGUUAUGUCUCUGUCUCUCCUCUCCCUAUCUGUCUCUAAGUCUCGGUGUGUCUCUCUCUGUCUCUCUCUCUGUUUUUGUCUGUCUGUCUGUGCUGAAGGACAUUUCGGAAACGGACAGUAAAAAUCUGGUGGGGAAAAUAUAACGAUGUUGGAACAUUGAGGUUUUAUUUCUUUGGUUUUAUUUUUUUAUCGAAGCGAUGCUUUUGGUUGGCCAGCACCUAAGAUUUUCAGCUUCUGUUGGCUCGUCUUUGGAUUCCAUGUGUUAAGAAGCGGUCUUCAGCCAGUAGGUUUUCCAACCCGACACACGGGGACCUCCGGUCCAAACCUUCUCCAUGUUGGUAUUUAGGUAUAUUUAGCUUAUUUAAACACACAAACUCGUAUAUCAAAGCAGAACUUUACUAUAUGGUUAUUAAGCGUCUAUAUUUAUACUAAAUAGGCGUGAUUAUCGUUUUUUUGAACAUGAAGGUUCAUUCGUGCAAUGCUCUCCUGAAGCUCUUCAUGUCUCUUCUUUGGGUGACCAUACACUAGCUAGCUAUCUCCAUAAAGGCGCACGUUUGAGGGCCACAUCGGAUAAUUUCUUUUAACCAAUAUGGGUAUCCAAACUCAGAAGAUUACUCCCCCUUUUUCUAUUUUCAAUAAGGACUUAUAUCAGGAUGAGGUUUGAGAAGGAUUCGGAUUGAGAAGGAAAGGAAACGUGAUUCAUAUAUUUUCUUAUUUUUUGAAGAGCAAUAAUGUGAUUUAUUUUAAAGGAGCUUAAAAUUGCAUACUAUAAAAUGUUUUAUUCCUGUUCAUCCCUUUUCGUUUUUUUAUCCAUUUUCAAAAUCUAAGAAGAAAGAGACAUGUUUAUACUAUAUUAUUGUGCAUAAUAAAUGAUUUCAGCAGAGGGAUUGGUCUGAACCUGGUGAUAAUUCAAACAAGCCAUUUGAGAAAGAAUGUCAGGCCUUUAUCAAGCGUGCCUUGCAUCAUCACUAUUGUUAAACGUGUGCUCAAUGUGAUCAUAUAGUCAUUGUUGACAAUGAAAAGUGUAAGGUGAACCGUUUAUUGUAAGACAAUGUUUUUUUAUUCAGGAACAUAGAUUCUUCUGCAAAAAAGAUCUUAUAUAUUUUUGAAAUAAUUGGACUAAAGAAUUGCUGUACAUACACAAAUGUACAAUGAAAAUAAAUAAAUAAAAUCUGCA